UCUUUCGCAUCGUUUAGUGGCUUUUUUUUUGGUUGCAAUCAUAUCAUUUAGGUUUAAUAUUGAAUUUAUCGUUCUGUUGCCACACCCACCUAAAGUUAAGAAUUUCUGCUUAAUUUCGUCCAUUAAUGGCGCCAACUCCUUUCUCUCUGGAAUUCAGAGUCUCUUUCCCCUCCCACCCCCCAAAAAAUUAUAAUACUAAUGAGGCCAACUUCCAACUGGCUAUUCUUGUUUGGUUACCCUUUUUGCAGAUUUUAACUCCCAUGACUGUAUCUUAAAUGAGAAACCCAGUUUUUAGUUAGCUUUUAUUAUUCUUCAUUUUUAUAGCAUAAAUGGGUUUUAAAUUCAUCUCCGGAUGCUGUUGAUUCGACACUGCUUCGUUUUCUCGUUAUGUUUUCUGGAGUUUGAGUUCUUCAGCUUCUUCGGAGUAAUGGGAUCCUCAAAGCAUUCCUGGCAGCCAGUCAUGACUGCUGAUACAACCACUCUUAGUUAUUGGUUGAACUGGAGAUUCUUGCUCUGUGCAAUUUCGGUCUUGGUCCCUAUGGUCCUAGCAUCAGUACUGAUAUGGAAAUAUGAAGGCUCCAACAAUUCAAAGCAUGACAGAGAAGAAACUCAGCAAGAAAAAGUUGGGACUUUGUAUGAGGAUGAAGCUUGGAGAACAUGUCUGAGAGAUAUCCAUCCUGCUUGGCUAUUAGCUUUCCGAAUAGUUGCUUUCUUUGUGCUUUUGGCAUUGCUCCUUGCCAAUGUCAUUAUUGAUGGAGUUGGCAUAUUUUAUUUCUAUACACAAUGGACUUUUACACUGGUUACCAUUUAUUUUGGGCUUGGUUCAUUGCUAUCCAUUUAUGGAUGUUUCCAAUAUCGCAAUAGAAUUUCUGGUGACAAUGCUUAUCAUUCGGGAUUAGAUGCAGAAGGCAGCACCUAUGUAGCUCCCACUCAUGGGGAAAAUUUGAAUAUGAGCAUUACAACUAAGAGCUCAGGUCCCCAGGAAGGACAUCAUAUUCGCCAAACUGCUGGCAUUUGGGUUUAUGUCUUUCAAAUUAUUUUUCAGAUGAUUGCUGGUGCUGUAAUGCUCACUGAUUUCGUUUUUUGGCUAAUCAUUGUUCCAUUUCUUACCGAGAAAGACUACAAUCUGAAUUUUUUGAUUGUUGGUAUGCAUUCAGUGAAUGCUGUUUUCCUCCUUGGUGACGCGGCAUUGAAUUGCUUGCGAUUUCCUUGGUUUAGGAUCGCUUACUUUGUCUUGUGGACGGGCACAUUUGUCAUCUUCCAGUGGAUCAUCCACGCUUGUGUCUCAAUGUGGUGGCCAUACCCAUUUCUUGACCUGUCUUCGCCAUAUGCUCCAGUUUGGUACUUCUCAGUGGGGUUGAUGCAUAUCCCCUGCUACUUCUUUUUAGCUUUGAUAAUAAAGCUGAAAAACGUCUUGUUGUCAAGAUUGUUUCCUGAAUCUUAUCAAUGUAUGAAGCGUACAGUAGCUUAAAAUUAGCCAUAACCAAACCACUUCAUGGCCACUGAAUUUGCAAAUUGGAUUUGUCCCUGUUGCAAGCAGUUUGCUGAGCAAGGUCACUACUCCCUAGGAGAGCAGCUUUAGAACAGCAAGAGGGAUGUACAAAGAUGACAAUUGAAUCAAGGAUCAAUUCCUUACAAAAUUCAAGGAAGUACUAUUGAUUGUGUGGAUAAUUUUCAAAUUUUUUUUUUGUUUCGGAGAAAUGAGAUUGGUGCUACAAGAAGAGCAUAAUUGUUCAUUUCUUCAUUUAUCCAUCCGAUGGGAGGGUUUUAUGGAAUAUAUAGCUAUUUAGAAAGGUUUAUAAGAAUUCUUGAUCUUUCAA